GAUGCUUUAGUUGGUAUUCCACACUCGACCUAGAAGUUAAACCAACUUUAGCUGGGCAUCGAUCAAAUUCAAUUGACCAUUGAAUUUUGAUACGAUCGGUCGCGUUCCCCGCCAAGGAUUACGCACGAACCAAAGGAUUACCUAACGAAAAUCGGGAUUAAUUUCAGCAACUAAAACACUCCUUCCUCCUCCUCUUCCACGAGUCUCGACAGCUGCCGUUCUGUAGCAGUCAGAAAAAGUGUACAACAUGAGAAGUGCACUGUACGUCUUGGCGCUUUGCGCUGUGGCGGUGGCCACCGCAACGGCCGAUACGCAUGUGCGUAAGGUACGUGCCGCCGAUGGGUACUUCUACCCCACGCCGAAGGUGCCGUUCGAUCUGCCCCCACGCACCACUGAGGCGCCCUACACCCGUCCGCCCACGACGAGGCCUCCGGUGACCCGUCCACCUACGACGAGGCCCCCGGUGACACGCGUGCCAGCCACGUACUUGCCUCCUACCAACAAGCCAGCACCACCGGCCACCACCCGUGUGCCUCCACCACCACCACCGCCGAGGACACCACCUCCAACGAGGCCAGCGACUCGUCCUCCAACACCGCCACCAACCAGGCCAGCGACUCGUCCGCCAGCAACCUAUUUGCCACCCACAAACAAGCCUGCACCACCGGCAACCACCCGUGUGCCACCACCACCACCACCACCAAGGACACCACCACCACCACCACCAAGGACACCACCACCAACCAGGCCAGCGACUCGUCCUCCAACACCGCCUCCAACCAGGCCCGCGACUCGUCCUCCAGCAACUUACUUGCCACCCACAAACAAGCCUGCACCACCAGUGACAACUCGUGUUCCUCCACCACCACCACCACCAAGGACACCACCACCAACCAGGCCAGCAACUCGUCCACCAACUCCUCCUCCAACCCGGCCACCAACUCGUCCUCCACCAACCUAUCUGCCACCCACUAACAAGCCUGCACCACCAGCAACCACUCGUCGCACUCCACCCCCAACUGUGCGUACUCCUCCACCAACGAGAGCGACUCAGCCACCCACAAGACGCCCAGCCAGCACUCCAGCACCAACCUACUUGCCACCCACUAACAAACCUGCACCACCAGCAACUACCCGUCCCCCAGUACGCACCACUCAGCCUCCUACCAGGCCACCAACUCGCCCACCCACUCCUCCUCCAACACGCCCACCUACUCGUCCACCAACCACAUACCUGCCACCCACCCCUCCUCCAACUCGCCCACGCACUCCCCCACCAACCCGUCCACCAACUAGGCCACCAACUCGGGCUACCACCCCUGCACCAACCUACUUGCCACCCACAAACAAGCCUGCACCACCAGCAACCACUCGUCGCACUCCACCCCCAACUGUGCGUACUCCUCCACCAACGAGAGCGACUCAGCCACCCACGAGACGCCCAGCCAGCACCCCAGCACCAACCUACUUGCCACCCACUAACAAGCCUGCACCACCAGCAACUACCCGUCCCCCAGUACGCACCACUCAGCCUCCUACCAGGCCACCAACUCGCCCACCCACUCCUCCUCCAACACGCCCACCUACUCGUCCACCAACCACAUACCUGCCACCCACCCCUCCUCCAACUCGCCCACGCACUCCCCCACCAACCCGUCCACCAACUAGGCCACCAACUCGGGCUACCACCCCUGCACCAACCUACUUGCCACCCACUAACAAGCCUGCACCACCAGCAACCACUCGUCCACCAGUACGCACCACUCAGCCUCCUACCAGGCCACCAACUCGCAAGCCCACUCCUCCCCCAACUCGUCCACCAACCCCACCACCAACUCGCCCACCCACUCGUCCACCAACCCCACCACCAACUCGCCCACCCACCACGUACCUGCCUCCCGUCACUACCCGCGUGACUCGUCCACCCACGCCACCACCUACCCGCAAGACCACCAUCUACAUCCCACCCCCGACAAGAGCUAGCGUGCCCCCACAGACGACCAAGCACCAGGGCUACCAGUACCCGAAGCCCAGCAUCCCCUUCGACUUCUAAGUCCGAGAGAGAGAGGUCAGAGAGCGUCUCUAGCAGCGCGUUAGCUACUAUAUGUCUAGGGCUGGAUAUUGUAGAUCUAGUCAAUACAGUGUAACGAUACUUCAACGUUUCCGGGGUGCUACGAACCCUCGGAGGCGCCAGCAAGGACGAAAAUUGUUUGUUUUUUUAUUCGUAUUCGUACUUUUGUAAUUAAUGAAUCGCAUACUCAUAUACAGAUACAGCCUAUGGGGAUCACUGUGUCUCUACGAUACAGUGUACCCCUAUACGGUGUACAGCUAAAAAAGUCUAUCCAACUCUUGCUAUGUUCUACCACCACACGCUAUCGAUCGACGUGUGUCUGUCUGUUGUCUAUAACACGCAAGCCACACAAGCUCAAGACUAUAUAGCUCUAUAUUACGAUUAAAUAAACCUUUAUUCGGAUUGCUGAAAAACCUGAACAAUAAAAUAAGAUUUUCGAAUA